UGUAACGCAUGUUUAUGCAUCAUGUUAUAAUUAACAUGAGGAGGAUAAGAUGCUUGACCUCUUACCCCCACAAAUCGAUGACAUGCUUUUUGCACAGUCCCCUUUGGAUCUGUAUCCAGCCCGAGUUGUGCGACGUGUAUAUAUUUACUUUCACUCUCGACUUUCACUAUUAUUUUUGCACUUGAAUUGAAUCUCAAACUUGGCCAGUGUUUCAAACUUUGUUCAAAUAAUGACACAAAAUUAGGGUUACUUCUUCUCGAGCUAAAUCAUAAUUAAUAGGUGCAAUUCACUGUAAUGACUAUUUUGGGUUAACCAAAUUGUUUGUAUCAUAAAUUUGUCUGAUAGGUGAAAUUUGAGAUUCAGCUGGAGAAAGUAACACAUAGAUUACUAUUUUACAGAGCAAGGUAUAGAUUUUUUUAUCGCUUCCAGCGGAUGGGUUAAAUAAAGCACAUUUAGUAAAAUACUAUCAGAAAAAGUUGCACUUAUUCCUAUUAUAAAUAAUCUAAUCUAUCAAAAAAGAUAAAAUCAUGGAGCUGCAACCAGCCGUACAACGUUAUGAUUGGGGAAAGGUAGGCAACUCCAGCCUGGUGGCGAAAUUCGCUGCUGUAGCGUCACCGGUCACUGCAAAUGCUUUCACUAUAGAUCCGGAUGAAAAAUAUGCCGAACUUUGGAUGGGGUCGCACCCGAGUGGUCCAGCCAAAAUUAAAGAGUCCGGUGAAGAAUUGGCGAAACUUAUUCUAGCGGAUCCUAGCCUUCUUGGGGAGAAAGUUCGAGAAAAAUUUGGAAAUGAUAUUCCCUUCUUGUUUAAGGUGUUAUCCGUCCAGAAAGCGUUAUCCAUCCAGGCUCAUCCGGAUAAAGAGGGAGCUAAAGUGUUACAUUCUGCUCGACCAGAUUUGUAUAAGGAUCCGAACCACAAACCGGAAAUGGCCAUUGCAUUGACUCCUUUCGAAAUGAUGUGUGGCUUUAGAAGGAUGGAGGACAUUGUAAACUUUCUCCAGUUGGUACCUGAACUUGCAAGCCUUAUCGGAGAUGAUCUGACCUCUUCAUUUUCUGAGAAGAAAGACAAAGAAAAUCUCAAAGCAGUUUUUAACAGAUUGAUGGAAAGCCCUGAUGACAUUAUUGCUGCAAAACUUGACCAACUUCUUAGGAGAUUAAAUACUUUAAGCGAAGACGAACAAAAAGCAAUUGAAGGAGAUUUGAUAAAACGGUUGGCCAACCAAUUUCCUAACGAUGUUGGGAUCUGGUGCGUAUUUUUCUUGCAACAUUUUACUCUAGAUCCUGGUCAGGCUGUGUUUUUACCUGCAAAUGAGCCUCACGCUUACAUAUUCGGAGACUGCAUCGAAUGUAUGGCUUCUUCUGACAAUGUCGUCAGGGCUGGGUUGACUCCAAAAUUCAAAGACGUCAAGACCCUGUGUUCCAUGCUGACGUAUGAAACCGGGCGUGACUGGAUUAUAAAUGGGUCACCAUUUGCAAAUGGGACUGGACUUUUGUACGAUCCACCCGUCGAAGAAUUUGCAGUGAUUCGCUAUCAGAGUGAUGGAGCCUUUUCUUUGAAGCCUCACUUUGAUUCAUGCUCAAUUCUAAUUUGCGUUGAAGGUCAAGGAAAAGCAGUCCCACAGUCGGGCAAGAUUGAAGCAGCUCGCGAGCUUUCUCCUGGAACGGUACUUUUUGUCCCGUGCAAAUCAGAGCUUUCCGGAAUGCAAAUCGUCCCAGCGCCUAAAGCAGGACCUAUUUUAAUAUAUGAGGCCUUUGCAACUCCUUCAUAAGUAAUAUAAAUUGUUCUAAAAUGAUAUUAUUUUCGAAGCGAUAAUCAAAAUUAAAUGGGACAAUAAUUAAUAAAAUGGUGCAGAAUUCUAGUAAAA